AUGAAGAUUCAAGCCUUCCCAAUUAUUGCUGUUGUAGCAGCCCUUCUGCCGGUACUAAACUGCGCUCCAGCAAAAUACGAUGACAAGAAAGAUGACCGAUCUUGUACUAAAAGGGAUGAGGAUGCCCGAAAAGAGAAAGGACCUGUUGAAGGCUGCAAUUAUUUUUGCAAACCAUACGAAGACCUAGACUUCUACGAAGAGAAGCACUAUCCAGAUGGUGUGCUGUGCAUGUACAGCAAUACGCUGGUAAGCAAGUGCAAGAAUAAAAAAUGCCACUAUCCAGAGAAGGACAUGGAGCAGAACAAGCCGAAAAAAAAUGAGACAGAAAAAGGGCAAAAUGAUGAAGGAAGCAAGCAAGAUAAAGAUGAAGGAAAAGACAAUGAGAAAGGUGGGACAGGGGAAGUGAGUACUGAAGGAAGCGAGCAAGGGAAAGAAAACACGACAGAAAAGGAAGUGAAUACAGAGAAAGAGGAAAAAAAGGAAGAGGACAAGAAAGAGGAGGAGAAGAAGGAAGAGGAGAAAAAGGAGGAGAAAGAGGAAAAGAAGGAAGAGGAAAAGGACAAGGAGAAAAAAAAGGAGGAGAAAGAGGAAGAGAAGAAAGAGGGAGAGUUGUCACAAGACGCUGAGGACACGGCGAAAACAAAAUAA